UUUGUUGGAAGUAUGAUUUUAUUACGACAUUACCAAACAGGCUAAACCUUGAAUAGCAUGGAUUAUCGUUUGUAUUAUCUAAACUAACGAAGAGGGAGAAAUGAAAAAACGAAAAAACGAUUGCAUGGACGAGAUAGUGAAACCUCCGUUUAGUAGAAGUUGAAAGUAAUCUAACCUCAGAGAAACUGCGUUCCCCCUUCAGUGAAACAGCAAGUCUGGCAUCGUCGCUAAGCCUCCCUCAGAUCAUUAAGGGUAGGGGCAUUAUGAACAAGAAUAAGAGAGAGAAAGAGAAAGAGAGAGAACUGCUACAUCUCUUCUGACCACCUAUUCAUUCGAGGGUUGUACAUUCGCGUCACAUUCGAGUUGUCAUACAGAUUUAAACCGAUCGUCAGUGGUGUUCACUAUUUAAGUGAUCUAUUAUAGUGAAUACAAAUACAACUGUAUACAGUGGCCUGUAUAAUUAAGGAACAUAGAAAUGUUGUAAUUAAGUGUUUUUAUUCAAAAAUUGUGUCAUUUAAGUUAAAUAUGAAGAUAUUUUUAUUAAUAAGGAAGAAAUCUUCAUCGUUAGCAUGAAUAAAUGCUUAAAAAAUUAAUAUUUAAUAUUUUAUAUCUAGUACUUGUGUUAAAAACAGUUAUGAUUCCUUCACCCGCUACGAUGUUAAAAAAUUUGGAGCAACGAACUGCUUCGAAUUUUCUUAUGGAAAAUCUUUUGCAAAGAAACACUGCUCCAGAUAGUGAAUUGAGUUUAACUUUAAAUAAUUGGGCAGCAAGUUGGAUGGCGUGUCAACGCGAUAAAGAAAAGACCGGGAUCACAGUCAAUAAUAUUGGCCUUCAUAAGAGAUUACGUCGUCAUACGGACAGUGUUGAUGAUUAUGAAGAAAAUGGUUCUGUCAGAAUAGACGUAGAUAUGGAGACUGAGACUGAACCGGAAACGGAUGGUGAAUUUACUAGUUAUCAUGAGCAGGUGACACAGAUAAGGUUAACUGAAAGAAUAAAAGUGGAAGAUAAUCAUCUUCAGGAUGAUGAACAAAUCUCAAGAGACGUACAACUUGAUAGGGAUUGGGUAGGUUGUGACAAUCCAGAUCCAUUAAGAAUAAUCAAAAUAACAAGUGAAACUGAAGAAAGGAUAAGUAUUGAAGAUAAUUAUAAUCGUAAUUUUAAUGACGGUCAGUUUGAUCGGGACAUAAGUCCCAUUAACUCAUUUGCAUCAUCUACUAUAAAAUCAUCUCGAACUAUUCAAACAAAAGAAAAACCGGAACUCAAAUUCGGUGUAAAGGCUAUUCUUGCAGAUGAUUAUGAGCGCCGCCGAAAUAGUGAAAAUUUUCAGACCCUACAACAAACAAGUGGAAGUUCAACGGUGAGCACGACAGGUUAUUCUCACAGUCUCCCAGGAUCAUCUCCAAUUCAAGUUAACUAUGCAGUAGGAAUUACAAAGCCUAUUGCAAGACCAACAGCAUAUCACCCUCAUCAUCCAACACAUCCAAGCCACCCAACUGGGCCGACGCAACAUCACUUUACAGCUCAUGCACAUCACACCCUUCAAUUAUUGGCUUGUCGGGGACCUUAUCUCACUAUAAGUAAUCCAGCAAAUGGACCACACUUAUCUGGAACUACUACUAUAACUGGAGGAACAUUUUCAAAUGGAAUGCAGCCUAACAUUAAUGAAUUAGCAAAUAUGAAUAUAUGUUUUCCUUGGUCUGGAAGUGCUCGAGGUAGACCACGUAAAGGAAUGAUGAGAAGAGCUGUGUUUUCAGAUACUCAAAGACGUGGCUUGGAAAAAAAAUUUCAAUCACAAAAAUAUAUUAGUAAACCAGAUCGGAAAAAACUUGCAGAAAGAUUAGGACUAAAAGAUUCACAGGUAAAAAUUUGGUUUCAAAACCGCCGAAUGAAAUGGAGGAACAACAAAGAAAGACAGCUUAUGGCAUUAGGUGGUUCACGAGAACAAACAUUACCUAAUAAAAACAAUCCAAAUCCUGACUUAAGUGAUACUGAUGGUGACAGACCCAGAAUCGAAUAUAAUGAUGCUAGUCCUCUUGCGAGUCCACGAAGAUCUACCGAUGAUCUUACUGACAAUGAAGAAAAUGAAGAAAUUAUUAAUGUUACGUGAUCAAAAUAAACUUUUAAUAAUAAAGACCGUCACAUCCCUGGCUUAAAA